AUGGCCCUAACCCCAAUCCACAUCAACCAUGAUCUCCGCUACCACGCACCCGACACCUACGACGUCUUCUUCUACGGCGACAUCGUGAUUACCACCGUCACCGCCGAUCCCUCCGCCGUCUCCCGCUGGAUCUCCGACGUUCGCUCCGUCCGCGGCAGCGGCCCCCCCGACCUCCUCGCCGGCCUCGACGUCGAGUGGCGCCCCUCCCCCACCCGCUACCGCCAGAGCCCCGUCGCCACCCUCCAGAUCUGCGUCGGCCAACGCUGCCUCGUCUACCAGAUCGCCCGCUCCGGCGGCCACGUCCCCCAAUCGCUGGAGGAAUUCCUCGCCGGCGGGGACUACGCUUUCGUCGGCGUCGGGGUGCAGCAGGACCUCGACCGGCUCGACGCCGACUACGGGAUCGGGGGGCGGGCGCGGGCCGUCGACCUGCGGAAACUGGCGGCGGAGGAGCUCGGCCAGGAGGAGCUGGAGGCGGCGUCGCUGAGGGAGCUGUCGAGCUUAGUGCUGGGGAAGGAGAUCGACAAGCCGAGGCACGUGACGAUGAGCAAUUGGGAGUGCCGCUGGCUAUCGCACGCUCAGGUGCAGUACGCGUGCGUUGAUGCUUACGUGUCGUCUGAGAUCGGCCGGGCUUUGAACGCCGACGGUAAAUCCAAAUAG